AUGAAAAGUAAUAAGUUGUGUUCAUUAAACCCAUUUGUUGACAGUGCAGGAGUACUAAGAGUGGGCAGCAGAUUAAGAAAUGCAGAUUUACCUGACAACCAAAAGUAUCUUAUAAUUUUACAUACAACUAGUACUUUGGCCAAACUCAUAAUCAAUCAGGCGCAUAUUAAUACGAUUCAUGGAGGAUUAAAACUGACGCUAAAUUACGUUCGGGAAAAAUUUUGGAUUAUUCGUGGAACAAUCGCUGUGAAAGCUUGCAUCAAUAAAUGUUUAAAAUGUUUUCGAAUAAAGACAAAAGGACAAUCUCAAUUAAUGGGAAGUUUAAAAACACCAAGAGCAAAUUUCUCGAGGCCAUUCACACACUGCGGCAAAGACUAUGCAGGGCCAUUACACAUUAAAUGCUCGCAAUUCAGGGGAAUUAAAACACAUAAGGCGUAUAUAGCUAUUUUUGUAUGUCUGGCAACAAAGGCAAUUCACAUUGAGUUAACUUCAGAUCUGACAUCUCAAGGAUUUUUAGCAGCACUCAAACGAAUGAUAAGCAGACGUGGCUCAGUACAUCAUAUUUAUAGCAACAAUGGUACCAAUUUUACAGGUGCAAACAACAUUUUACAGAAGAUUCAAAUAGAGAAUCAUCUAGCUGAAACAGGUAUACGUUGGCAUUUCAUCCCUCCUGGCUCACCUCACUUUGGUGGUCUCUGGGAAUCGGGAGUAAAAUCCAUUAAAUAUCAUCUAGCUAGAAUUAUAGGUGACCAAAAAUUGACAUACGAAGAAUUAAGUACGGUCUUAAUUCAAAUCGAAUGUUGUCUUAAUUCACGGCCACUCUGUCCAUUAACAGACAACAUUGAAGAUCUUAAUGCACUUACACCAGGACAUUUCAUUGUGGGAUCGUCAUUAAUGACUCCAGCGCAUGAUAGUCUUAUUAACUUUACAGAAACUAGCCUAAAAAGAUGGAAGAUUGUGCAGAAAAUAAAGCAAGACUUUUGUAAACGGUGGUUCCAAGACAAUAUAAGAAAUAUUCAACAACAGAGAUACAAAUGGACAAAAUCCAUACCAAACUUAGAAGUUGGUCAACUAGUCCUAUUGAAAGACGAAACAUUAAUAGCAUCGACGUGGCCUCUAGGCAGAGUUAUAGAAGUUCAUAAAGGAACAGAUGGCUUAAUCCGAGUUGCUACAAUUAAAACCCAAAAGGGGAUAGUAAAACGUACAAUCCAAAAAAUAUGUCUUCUACCAAUCACUGAUAAUGUAAAAGAAGGUCAUAUUCCGUCAAACCAGGAGAAGUUCCCAAAAUUAUUUAAAGAAGCAACAUUAAUCAAAGCAAAAUCAGACACUCAAAAUAUGUUACCAUUUGGAAACACUAUCAGAAAUAAAGAAAUAGUUUCGACAAAGUCUACUGCAGGAGAUCCUAAAACGCGACGACAAUGGUUAUCGGCUAAGCAAUCAAAAUCGACAGUUCUUGCUAUAUUUUUGGCAUAUCUCACAUUAGGAACUACAUUAGCAACACCCACUAUAACAUAUCAGGAUUCAGGACGAAUCAGGAUUAUUCAUUGA